GCACGAGCUUGCUAUAUGCUUUUGGCCGUUUUGGUUCGGGAUUGUGAAAACGAAUUAUCAUUACUGGAGGAAAGCAAACUUUGGAUUAUUGCUGUUCCUUUAAGAAUUGACAUGAUUCCUUUUCACGUAGCCUUGUUGCUACUGUCGGUAGUAUGUUCAAACCCGACCAGACUCGUAAAUGGUUCAAGAGCACCCUGUGAUGCAUCAUGGUUUCGGUGCAGAAAUGGACGGUGUGUGCCAUUAAUGUGGAAAUGUGAUGGUGAUGAUGACUGUACUGAUGGUAGUGACGAGAGUGAUUGUGGUAAAAUCACCUGUGGACCAUCAGACUUUACUUGUCUUAAUGGACAUUGUUUGCCAAGUAAAUGGCAGUGUGAUGGCUCUGCUGACUGUGAGGAUGGAUCAGAUGAAAGUCCUGAGAUCUGUCACACACAGACAUGCCAUUUACAUGAAAUGAGCUGUGGCCCUAAAUCUCUUCAGUGUAUUCCUGUUUCCUGGAAAUGUGAUGGAGAAAAGGACUGUGACAAUGGCAGUGAUGAAGAGAACUGUGACACUUUGAUUUGCAGUAUACUUGAAUUCACAUGCUCCAGUGGUAGAUGCAUUUCUAAAACAUUUAUCUGCAAUGGUGAAGAUGACUGUGGUGAUGGGAGUGAUGAACAAGGUUGUGCCCCAUUUGUUUGUCACAUCCACGAAUUUCAGUGCAAUAGCUCAGAAUGUAUCCCCCUGAAUUGGGUAUGUGACAACAAUGCUGAUUGUGCUGACCAAUCUGACGAGGCUCCAGAGCGCUGUGGGUACACACUUGCCCCUGUGACCUGCUCGUCCAGUGAGUUCCUGUGCGAGUCUGGUGAAUGCAUCAAUCAUCGUUGGUAUUGUGAUGGUGAUACUGACUGCAAAGAUGGAAGUGAUGAAGUGAAUUGUCCUCCUCAAACAUGUAGACCAGAUUACUUCCAAUGUAGUGAUGGUGUUUGCAUCCCUGAGAACAAGAUCUGCAAUAAUUUUGCAGACUGCACUGAUGCCAGUGAUGAAGCCAACUGCAAGAAUGGUAAGUGUAGUCAUAGUAACAAUUUAAACUAGUGUGAAAUUCCACACUUAUGCCCUAUUUACUCUUUUUUUAAGUGCACUGGUCCCUCUGAUUUCAAAUGCCAAAGUGGAGAAUGCAUAGCUAUAACCAAGGUGUGUGAUCACAAAUGGGACUGCAGAGAUCACAGUGAUGAACCCUUCCAAUGUGGGCUGAAUGAAUGUUUGGCAAACAAUGGAGACUGCUCUCACAUUUGUAGGGACCUUCUUAUAGGUUAUGAAUGUGACUGCCCUGCUGGCUUUAAGCUUGUUGAUGAGAGAAUAUGUGAUGAUGCUGAUGAGUGUCAAAAUCCUGGAGUCUGCAGCCAGAUUUGCAUUAACUUGAAGGGAAGCUACAAAUGUGAAUGUUAUGAAGGAUAUCACAUGGAUCCUGCUACUGGAGUUUGCAAGGCCAUUGGCCAAGAGCCUUACUUGAUCUUCACCAAUCAUCAUGACAUUCGGAAAUUGGGACUGCAUCAUCGAGAAUAUAGCCAGGCACUUGUACAGCUGAAAAAUGCUGUGGCAUUGGAUGUUGAUGUUGCAGAGCAGAGAAUCUACUGGGCUGAUCUGGGCCAGCGGGCAAUUUUCAGCAUGUCCAUGAAUAGAUACAAAAGCAAAGCUGAUCAGUCAGUCCUUACAAAAGAUUUGGGCAUUCCUGUGGGAAUUGCUGUGGACUGGAUUUACAAGCAUAUCUAUUGGACCGACCGGGGUACAAAAACUAUAUCUGUGGCCACGCUGGAUGGAUCCAGGAAAAGUGUUCUCUUUGACACCAACCUAACAGAACCAGCUUCUAUAGCAGUUGAUCCGCUAUCCGGGUUUGUUUACUGGUCAGACUGGGGUGAGCCAGCCAAGAUAGAAAAAGCAGGAAUGAAUGGCAAUGACCGUGGUCUUCUAGUGACCAAAGAUAUUCAAUGGCCUCAUGGCAUUGCUCUUGAUCUUGUGAAAAGCCGUCUCUAUUGGGUUGACUUGAAACAACAUAGUCUAUCAAGCAUAGACUUAAAUGGCCAAGACAGAAGAACUAUACUGCAGUCAAGAGAAUUUCUCCCUCGCCCUCUUGGAAUUGCUAUAUUUGAGGAUAAUGUCUUCUGGGUUGAUGGAGAACAGAAAGCUCUGUAUGGAACAAAUAAAUUUACAGGUUCAGAUAUCAGGCUUUUAGCUGCCAACUUGACAGAACCUUCAGAUGUCAUUGUUUACCACAGGCUGACUCAGCCAGCAGGCAAAAACUGGUGUGAGAAUCUGAAGACCAGAAGCUGUGAGUACAUGUGUCUGCCAGCUCCUCAGGUCAACAGUUACAGUCCAAGAUACACUUGCGUGUGUCCAACUGGAACAAAAGUCCAGAAGGAUGGAUGGCAUUGUGGAAUGGUUGCAACUUGUGGAACAUCUGACUUUAUGUGCAACAAUAGACAAUGCAUACCCAGUAGGUGGCUGUGUGAUGGUAAAGCUGACUGUGAAGAUGGAUCAGAUGAGCUAACAGAAGUCUGUCAUGAAGUAACCUGUCUUGGCCAUGAGAUCAGCUGUGGCCUAGGAUCAUUUCAAUGUGUUCCUGUUGCUUGGCGAUGUGAUGGUGAAAAGGACUGUAGUAAUGGUGGUGACGAAGUCGGCUGUGGCAUAAUCACUUGCAACCCAGAAGAGUUUACUUGUCUCAGUGGCAACUGCAUUUCUCGAACAUUUGUCUGCAAUGGUGUGGCUGACUGUGCUGAUGGGAGUGAUGAAAAGAAAUGCACUUCACACACCUGUGGGAUUCAUGAGUUUCACUGCAAUAGUUCAGAGUGUAUACCUUCUAAUUGGGUAUGUGAUGGCAGUUUGGAUUGCAGUGACAAAUCUGACGAGUCACCAGAACACUGUGGGCACACCGUCUCUCAUCUGCCUGUGGCAUGUGCUCCUUAUGAGCUCCCAUGUGAUUCUGGUGAAUGUAUCCAACGUCACUGGUUCUGUGAUGGUGAUGCUGACUGCAGAGAUGGAAGUGAUGAGGCAAACUGCCCUCCCAAAACAUGUCGACCAGAUCAGUUCAGAUGUGAUGGUAACUGCAUCCCCAGACAAAAGAAAUGUAACUUCUUUAGGGACUGUCACGAUGGUAGUGAUGAAGUCAACUGCAAGAAAAUUUCAGAGUGCAGUGGACCUACUGACUUCAGAUGUCAAAGUGGUGAAUGCAUAAACAUCACCCUCGUAUGCAACCACCAGCAAGACUGCAAAGAUUGGAGUGAUGAACUAAAUGGAUGCAAUCAAAAUGAAUGUUUGAAGAAGAAUGGUGGUUGCUCUCACUUCUGCCAUGAUCUUGUCAUUGGUUAUGAAUGUGAAUGCCCUGCUGGCUUUGAACUAAUUGACCAGAAAACCUGUGCAGAUGUAAAUGAGUGUCUCAAUCCUGGAUCCUGCAGCCAAAUUUGUAUAAAUACAGAAGGAAGUUACAGUUGUGAAUGCAAUGCAGGAUAUACUACUGAUCCAGUUAGUGGAGCCUGCAAGGCAGUAGGAGGAGAGGAACCAUAUUUGAUCUUCACAAAUCGUCAUGACAUCAGGAAGCUGGGACUGCAUCGCCAAGAGUACACUGAAGUAGUCAAAGAACUAAGGAAAGCUGUAGCAUUAGAUGCUGAUUUUGCAGGGCAGAGGAUUUUCUGGGCUGAUGUGAGCCAACAGGCAAUUUUCAGUAUGCUCAUGAAUGAAACAGCUGAAGCUCGUAUUUUCAAAAUCAAUGUCAGUUUGCAAAUCCCAGUUGGAAUUGCAGUGGAUUGGAUCUAUAAACAUGUCUAUUGGACUGACCGUGGGACCAAUACUAUAUCUGUGGCUACAUUUGAUGGAAAGAAAAAUAUCAUCCUCUUCAACACUGACUUAAGGGAACCAGCUUCUAUAGCUGUUGAUCCACACUCUGGGUUUAUCUACUGGUCAGAUUGGGGCACUCCAAAGAUUGAGAAAGCUGGCAUGAAUGGUGUGAAUCGCCAAACUUUAGUUGCCACAAAGAUUGAGUGGCCAAAGGGAAUUUCUCUUGAUCUUGUGAAAAGCCGUCUGUACUGGGUUGAUGCAAAACUGCAUGUGCUAGCAAGUGUAGACCUGAAUGGUCAGAACAGAAGAACGGUGUUGCAGUCAGAAAAAUUCCUUGCACAUCCCUGUGCAGUUGCAUUAUUUGAGGAUCAUGUAUUCUGGGUUGAUGCAGAAAACCAAGCAGUUUAUGGAGCCAACAAAUAUACAGGGAAUAACAUCAAAGCUUUGGCCUCCAAUGUGGAUGCUCAGGAUGUUAUCAUUUAUCAUGAGCUCUUACAGGCACCUGGGAAAAACUGGUGUGAGAAUGGAGCCUGUGAGCACAUGUGUCUUCCUGCUCCUCAAAUCAACAGUCAAUCAGCAAAAUAUACUUGUGUAUGUCCAACUGGAAUGGAACUGACCAAUGAUGAACAACAGUGUCAGCCAGUAUCUACACUUACAACAGCAAAUAUGUCUACAAUGGCUUCCAGUGUCACCCCUGAAGAACUUUCCUUCAGUUUAUCUACUAUGUCACCAACUAUCUUGGCCACUUCUAAAGGUGUGAAGUCUCAUUCUCUUCCUGAACAAAAGUCAAGAGGAUCUACAGCUGUUUGGGUCGUCAUUAUUCUUGCACUUCUAAUAAUCACUGGCUUAGUUGGCUAUUUUGGCUGGCAAUCCUGGCAGAAGAAGAAUGUACAAUACACCAGUUUUGAGAAUCCAGUGUUUCAGCAUAAAUCCACUGAAUGAAUCAAAUAAAAUUGUACUUUGAUUUAA